AUGAGGCUGUUUCCGCGGACUCUGUGCGCCGCCGGGCGGGCGGCCUGGCGGGAGAGCUUCCCUCUGGAAGGUCGCGACGUGGCGCGCUGGUUUCCGGGCCACAUGGCAAAGGGGCUGAAGAAGAUGCAGAGCAGCCUGAGGCUGGUGGACUGCAUCAUCGAGGUGCAUGAUGCCCGGAUAUCCUUCAGUGGCCGAAACCCUCUGUUUCAGGAAACCCUUGGGCUUAAGCCUCACUUGCUUGUCCUCAACAAAAUGGACCUUGCAGAUCUGAAGGAGCAGCAGAAAAUUAUACAACACUUAGAAAGAGAAGGCCUAAAACAUGUUGUUUUUACCAACUGUGUGAAGGAUGAAAAUGUCAAGCAGAUCAUCCCGCUGGUCACGGAGCUGGUUGGGAGCAGCUACCGCUAUCACCGAGGAGAGCACGUGGAAUACUGCAUCAUGGUGAUCGGGGUCCCCAACGUGGGCAAGUCCUCACUUAUCAACUCCCUGCGGAGGCAGCACCUCAGGAAAGGAAAAGCCGCCAGGGUGGGUGGCGAGCCUGGGAUCACCAGAGCCGUGAUGUCCAGGAUUCAGGUGUGUGAGCGGCCGCUGAUGUUCCUGCUCGACACCCCCGGGGUGCUGGCUCCUCGGAUUCCAAACGUGGAGACAGGCCUGAAACUGGCCCUGUGUGGAACCAUACUGGACCACCUCGUGGGCGAGGAGACCAUGGCUGACUACCUCCUCUACACUCUCAACAGGCACCAGCUCCUGGGGUACGUGCAGCACUACGGCCUGGGCGAGGCCUGUGAUGACAUCGCCAGCGUGCUAAAGCGGGUGGCUGUGAAGCUGAGGAAGACCCAGAAGGUGAAGGUGCUGACAGGCACAGGGGACGUGAACGUCAUCCAGCCCGACUACCCUGCAGCUGCCCGAGACUUCCUGCGGGCCUUCCGCGGCGGGCUGCUGGGCCCCGCGAUGCUGGACCUCGACCUCCUGCAGGGCCGCCCCGCAGAGGAGCCGUGA